ACAGCUGUCUUUUCGUGGCUCCCUGGGCCCAGCAAGCUGUCCUGGGUGGGACUGAGCUGAGUGGGGCAGUCCUGUGCAGCGUCCAGUGAGGCUGUGCUCCCGCAGGCAAAUGCAGCCAGAGAUCGGCUCUGAGCAGCAGUUCUGACCGGUGAGAGCUGCUGCUGAUGGACGGAUGGACGGAUGGAUGGAUGGAUGGAUCGGUGAGGAGGGAGUGGCAAAGGCAAGCCUAGAGUCUGCACUGCCUUCAAGGCCAGCGGCCAUGCCCGUUCCGCUGCUCCCACUGCUGCUGCGGACGCUGCUGUCCCGCCUGCUGCUGCCCGCUGCCCGCCUGGCCCGCCGGCACCUCCUGCCCCUGCUGCGCCACCUGGCUCGCCGCCUGGCCUCCCAGGACAUGCGAGAGGCUUUGCUGAGCUGUCUGUUGUUCAUCCUCAGCCAGAGACACCCGCCGGAUGCUGGGGAGGCCUCCAGAGUAGCCCACUCUGAGAGGAGGGAGAGGCUAGCCCCCCAAAAAUGAGGCCACAAGUCCUGGGAGAAGCUGUAUUCAUUGAACCGCUUUCUUUUGGAGUGAGACAGUCCUGGCACUGUCACUGGCCACAGCCUGCCCAGUGGGGGACUGAGCAUGAGGGGUCAGACCAGGACAUGCCUCCCCACUCCCAGCGGAAAUGACUGGAAGGAUGCCCUGCAUCGAACGGGAAACCCAUCACUACCCCUCCCUCCCCCUGCAUUCCUCCCAAGACCCUUCCUAACCACCUCUGGCCUGAGCCCAGAGAGGAACUCACUCGCCCCUACCCCCAGCACUCGGGGAUGCGGGGUCCCGUGAUAGACAACGCUUAUGCCAAGGACAACUGAAAAUUGAGCUGAAUUGAGAGAAGAGAUUUCAACCUGUCUUCCAGACUCAGUACCUCAAAAUAAGACCUUGGUUCCCU